UGCCUCAUCUUGCAUAGCCUUUACCUUGGCCUGCCCACCACUUGCAGCACAAAGGUCCGCAUUCUCCAUUUGUUACGGUUCCUACAUCGUUAUCCCCAGCCCAUCCAUUUCCAACUCAUCCAGUUCAGCGGAGCUCUACUUCCUUGCUCCCCUUUCCCAAGAACCCCAGUCCCCAGUCCCCAGUCCCCCGUCUUCGCAGUCCUUGGUGUAAUGCCAAAUUGCCAAUGACAAAGUUCCCCUCAUCAUUCUCGGUCUCCAUCAAUCUUCAUUCCAUAUCGAAUGGUAAGAUGCUCUCCUCUUUUGCAUCUUACAUGUUCGGGGUGCUCCACCAAGAGACCUUACCAACCUGUCAGUCCUCCAAUGCAUGUGCGAUCUUCCACCCUGUAUCCUCUCUCAUAUUGGUCUUCCCGUCCCUUAUCCCCCAUUCCCCCCUCUUGGUCGGCUCAUACUAUACAUUAGCUCCAACGGACGGG